CUCUCGAGCUCCCACGUACAGCUCGACAUCGUCCUAUAAAAGUCAAGGUCCCAACACCAUUAUUAGAUCACAGAAAUCUCUCUGAAGAAUUCUUCAUAUAGAUCAUAUACAGAUAUAAUAUUCCUGCCUGCAGGUACUGAUUCUGUUCCUCACUUUUAACAAUACUAGCUGAUUGCAAAUUUGGUGCGACCAUUAAUUAUUAUAUAUCAUGACUGGUGGGAUUGGAAUUCCGGCGUGCGUUCAAUGUGGUACGAGAAGCAACCCUUGCCGUUGCAAGGUGGUCGGCCCCACUCUUGGGUUCCUGGCGUUUGUCGUGGCUGGUGUUGUGGAAUGGCCGGUGGGAGCUUUGGUCUACUGCUUUCGCCACAUGAAGGGCCGCCGCAUCAUGGCUCAUCCUGCCUCCGUUGUUUACCCAUCCGUCUCCAAUCGCAUACCUAUUUGAUCAUUUCUUGAGGCCAAAGCUUGUCAUGUUGCGCUGUGUUGUCUUUUUACUUUUCUCUAGCAGCUUGUAAUAAUAUUGUCUGAAACUUAUCUAAAAGUUGUGUGUUUGUGUUUUCUUUAAUCCGCCUAUAAAAAAUAUAUAUUAUGUUGGUUUCUACUA